GUGCCCUCCCUCCUGUCUCCACCAGCUCCUGCCUCUCAAUGAUUAGCUCUCUGUUCCCUCUUCUUCCCCCCAAAAACCCUCAUUUUCUCUCUCUAAACUCCUUCACUCACAAACCAUAAUCCCCCACACUUUCUCUCUCUACGGAUUCUGCUUCACUUACGAUUCCACCGUUGCUUCGCUUGAUCAUGUCAAAUACAGAGGGAGCCACUAACGGAGUAUCAAAUGGCGCUACAAUUGACCCGCUAAGGCAGCAGCAGCCGCAGGGGAACGGCGUUCUAGCAGUGAAGAAGCCGCCGUCUAAGGACCGGCACAGCAAGGUAGACGGACGUGGACGGAGAAUCAGGAUGCCGAUUAUUUGUGCGGCCAGAGUGUUUCAGCUCACACGCGAGCUAGGUCACAAGUCCGAUGGUCAGACCAUCGAGUGGCUGCUCCGCCAGGCUGAGCCCUCAAUUAUCGCCGCAACUGGGACUGGUACUACACCGGCUAGUUUCUCCACGGUUUCCGUGUCUGUUCGAGGGGGAAACUCCACUACCUUGACUUCCUCCACUUCGUCAAAUCUUUCUUCUCUCGAUCACAAGCCUUUGCUUGGUCCGCCUUUUAUACUCGGCAAGCGAAUUAGCACCGAGGAUGAUAACGGCAAGGACGAUGGUGGUGGUAUGACGGUGGGGCCCAUUGUGGGUUCGCUAGCACAGACGACUGCUGUUCCGACGGGAGGUUUUUGGGCGUUGCAGCCGCGGGCGGACUUUUGGGGCUUUGCUGCUGGACCGCCGGAGAUGGUUUCUCAACAGCAGACCUUAUUUAUGCAGCAACAGCAGGCGGCGGUUGCGGCAGCCAUGGGGGAGGCAUCGGCAGCGAGGGUGGGAAAUUACCUUCCGGGACAUCUCAAUUUAUUGGCUUCGUUGUCAGGUGGACCGGGUAGUUCUGGUCGGAGAGAGGAUGAUGCCCGUUGAUAUUUGGUAUUGAAGACUGAACGUUGUGGUGGUGGUUGGUAUAUAUAUGAAUGUGGUUAUGUGUAUCCUUCUUAUUGUUCUUUGUGUGUGAAGAUGGGAAAUAAUUGUAGUGGAUUUUAGGGUUAGAAGUUUAGGAUUUGGGGUAAUUUGGGAACUUUUAAGCAUGAAUUAAUGCAUUCAAUUAGGGUUUGUUAGUGAUCAAUGGGAGAUUAACUAGCAUUUUGAAGUUCAAAUUGUUUAGGUUUUGAGGAGCUUUUGUUGGAAGAGAAUUGGAGCAAAGAACUAGGUUUGAAGAUUGAAAAUCUCGGUACGAUUGAGAGGGUUUUGUGGAAUUUGGGGUUUUGUUUGAAUUCCGUGAUUGCCUUUGUUUGUUCUGGUUGGAAAACAGCAAAUGGUGCUAAUUCCACCUGUUGCAGUCUGAAAUUUGACUGCCAGUGUGCAAGAAUUAGGUAAUUGUUGUUGCUUCAAGGAAACAAUGAACGAAUUCUGAAGGUUUUAAAGGGACAAUGGAUCCUUUAUUUGUUGCAGAAUUUGUUCUAAUUCGGUGUGUAAUCCCAGUCAUUGUGUCGGAAUAUUUUCCUCUGUGGCUGGCAGGGAUUGUUUUAUUGGCUGCAAUUUGGAUUACUAUGGAAGGUUUGCAUAAUUCAUGAUUGGCUGUGGAAAUAUGAAAUUGUCUUGGUUCCAUCUCUUCCAAUUUCACAGCAUUUGUUUUGGACUGGUGAUCUCAAAUAGAGACAUGGUGUGUGAGAAAUGAAAGGCUCUGGUGCCUCUCUGUAAUACCUCUGUUUUGGAAAAAUUCUUCAGUAUUUUAGUCAUUUCUUCUCAGAUUCAUCUGUGUGAAAAUAAUGUAUUGCAUAUAUGUAGGUGGAUUGUUUGUGGGUGCCUGUGUUUGUGAAUAAAAAAAACCCAUUUCUUUAUCUUGAAUGGUAUUUUCUUGCUCAUUCCCUCC